CCUGAGCCGGACGGCGCUAGGAAUGGCGCCAAUGCGCCGCCAUUUUCAUGAAACUUUACCGUGACCGUAAAUCGCGAAGACUGUGACGGGGAAGAAUUCCAGGGAACGUCGCGCGCUCGGUGGACCCUCGGGAAAAUCGCGAGAACGGCGAGAAUAAUGCGCUGGUCAGCCUGCUUGCACGAAGGGGACUGAGCUGGAUAUUCAAGAAUGCAAUCUAUGCAGGAAAGCAUAUGUGCCAACGAUAUCGAGGGUCUGGACGCGGAUACUCUCAUACCUGUGGAACUUCUGGCUUGCGAUGUCUCCUCUCACUCGAGACCGCAAGAUGCUUCGACUAUGGUGGAACUUGGAAAACAGCUCCUACAUAGUGCAAAAAAUGGUGACACUGAGGCUGUUCGUGAGCUCAUGUGUAGGGGCGCACCAUUUACUACAGAUUGGCUUGGUACAAGUGCGCUCCAUCUCGCCGCACAGAACAAUCACUUAGAGACUGCUGAGGUUUUGCUUAGAGCUGGCAUAUCAAGGGACGCUAGGACAAAAGUCGACAGAACUCCGUUACACAUGGCAGCGUACGAAGGCCAUCAUCAGAUGGUGCAGUUGCUGCUUAACUAUGGAGCGGACGUCAACAGCAGAGACAUGCUAAAGAUGACUCCGCUGCACUGGGCAGUGGAACGUGAGCAAGUGGAUGUAAUGCAUAUUUUACUGGAUCAUGGAGCUGAUACGAAUGCAAUUAGUAAAUUUGAGAAAACUCCAUUCAGUCUUGCAUUAGAGCAUGAUAGGUUAGAGCUUAUCGAUGUAUUGAGGAAAGAAAGAGUGCUAAUAGGUAUUCAAGCUCAUCAACAGAGUCAGGCUAAUUCUGUAGAAUUAGAAGUAGCCACGAAUAAUUUAGUACAAUUAGAGGCGGAGAAUAAUAGCAAAAGUUCGAUAAUUCAUGAAGAGGGACAAAAAUUUGGAAUACUACAGCAGCAGCAAUCUCAACGAAAACGUAAAGUUUCGCAAGCUCAAUUUGAGAAAAAACAGAAAAUGAUCUUUCAACAAAUUUCUGUAUCACCAAACAAUACUGACGGCGAACAGGACAGAGAAAUUGAAGAUGUUGAGAUGAUUAAUGUGAAUAAUAUUAUAAACAGUAAAAAACAUAAAGACAUUUUAUCGAUAGGCAAACAGUUUAGGUUAUUAGAGGCACAUGGAAUCAGAAUGAUACCUGUGGAUGAGGAUUCGUCUAUUGUAGAAAAGGCAAUGGAAAGUGGGAGAACCGUAGUUUUAACAGAAGCUGGAAAAAUUGCCUUAAAUUUGACGAAAGGUUCGUCGAUUAAACGCCUUCAAGUCGCUUCGCGGAAGGGAUCAUCGAGAAAAGUUAUAGCAAUUAGAGCAGACCAAAUUCAAUCAAAAAUCUUAAAUCCAAAUUCUAACACGUCUACUACCACGUCGCGGAGUCCAAAUAUUUUGAAAAAGUCUCCUGAUAACAAAUCAACAAAGUUGUUGGUCACAACAGUUUCUAACACUCCAGCAACUACUGUCACCGAAAUCAAGAAUUCCAUUUCGACAAAAGAAAAAGUUGCGAGUUCUCCGAUAAAGAUUGCGGAAUCAACAAUUUUACAAUUAGAUGAUGACAUAGAAGAAAUUACUGAAGAGGAUAAUCCAGAAAAUAGCGAGCCAGUAACGGAUAUAGCGGUACUAAAUAGACAAUUAGCGGAAGCGCGGAGAGAAGCCGCCGAGUAUCGUAAGCAAUUGCAAGAAAAAGAGAAGGAAGCGGAAAUAUAUAAACAACAACUCAAGAACAUCACGGCGCAAAUAGCAUCUAAGUAAUUUUGUACAGAUAUAGAUUUCAUAUUCGGUUUCACAAUUUGCAAAUCGGAUUUCUUCUUUUAUAUCAAAAAACUUUAUAGCUUUGUUUUUUACAUCGUAUAUAUAUAUAUAUAUUUUUACAAUAUACUAUCGAGUAAGUAAUCCAAAA